AUGAAAAAGAAUGCAGGAGAUGGUACAAAGUAUAAAAACCCUCUCAGUGAUGGAACCAGUUUUAUGUUUAACGUUCAGGUGGAAAGAAACAACGCCGGCUAUACAUUCGAUGGUUUAGACAGUAACGGUCAAAACGUCGCGAUCCAAUUCAGAGGGCAACCAUUAUUCACAGGUGAAGGAAGGGAUACUUAUUAUUUCGUAGAUGCAAACAAUAAAGAAACACAUCCACCACCACCACAGUUAUGGGUAUGUCGUGACACAUAUUUUAUUGCUUCAGUUGAUGACGGGCUUAAAUAUGUUUCGUCAGGUUCUCCGCCAGGUUCUCAAGAUAAUUAA